AAUAAAAAGGCCACCCACUUCUCUCACUCGGGCAUCAAGAAGCCCGAAGCCCUUUUCUGAAGUUGCCCUCCAGACGAGAGAAUCCCUAAAAAGGCCCUAUUUUCCUCUGCCACUCUCAAUCCUCCCAGGCUAAAAAACACAACCUUUGCCUGCAAAUCAUGAUCAGAUUUUGUCACCUGUGCGCGGGCUGGACUGGUAGGAAAUAUCGGGAAAUUUUCAGAAAAAUCGGUAAAAAAUCGGCUAUACAAACCGAAAAUUCGCCGAUAAAUUGCAGUGUCCGGCUAUUUUUUGAAGAUUUCGCCGAUUUUUCGUCUGCAUCCAUUUUUCGGCAAUUUUUUCGCCGAUUUUAACCGAAAUUUGGCGAAAUUUCUCCCAUCGACAUUUCGCCCCCCUCUUUCGUAUCGCCGACCACCGAAACCCGAAAUUUCGGAGAAAUUUCGGCGAAAAAAAUGGAAACUUUCAUCCUUGGGCAGCCCUAACCCUAACCCUGACUGUUUCAGCGGAGUGAGGGGGGAGAGGAGAGACAGAAAAACGAAAUACGUCGUUCUCACUUUUCAGAACCAAGACAUUGUGUUACUUGGUUGAGUUCAGUGAGGGAAUGGAUGCUGUUAGCGAAGCCGAUUACAAACCUCCGCCAGAAUUUAUUGAGGAUACCAAGGAUUCACUAGUCGAUCUUAGUAUGACGGACUCGAAAGAACUUUGGCUGAUUCAGUGGCCUGUUAAUCAACACCCUGAUUUUGAUGGGCAAGAACUGUCACUCAAGCUUCAUCAGGAUGGACAGUUGGGCAAGUUUGAAGGUUCAUCUGGAAAAUUAUACAAUGUCGUCAGUUUUGCGUCUCAGGAUCCAGAUGCGACGGUUUUUAUAUCAUCUCCAUCUGAGUCAAAAAUAGUGGGAAAGAUCUCACGGCGUGUUUCCCUUGUCCACUACCCUGAGCCCGAUGAACUUGAAAAUCAAAGUGCCAACAAUUUGAGAAAAAUGUAUCAGAGAUCUGGAGGAAGUAGCUUGACCCAUUCUUCUCAUCAUUAUUCAACUCCUUCUCACAGUACUAAGCUGAGAAACCCACAAUCAGUGAGUGGCCGAUCUGCCUCCACACAUAGUAGCAGGCAUAAGAGAAGGCAUGCUGAUAAGCCUGCCACAUCCAUCAACCAGCUUACUCAAGACUCAGGGCGAGGUCAUAGUACAGUUACUUCUUCAGGGUCCUUAGGGCUUUCUCAUCAAGGGAAAUCAACAAAAAAGGUAAAACUUGAGGGCUAAGGCAUUACUUUUACCAUUUAUUAGUGCAAUCCUCGAGGAUAUCAAGGAUGCAAUGCCGAUUUGCAUAUGAGAGCGUAGCAUGAUCCUGAAUGCAUUUCAGCUUAAUCUGUUUAUUGGCUUUAUUGAGGUGUUUUUUGAAAUUUAGAAAACUGAAAUCUUUAAAGUUCCCCAGAUUGGCUUAUGCUUUCAUUUUUGUGGGGCGUGUUUUUUUUUUUCUUUUGUAUUUUUGUAUUCACAUAAACACAACAACAGGUAACGACUCCAAGUUUAGUAUAAUUCUUAGCUGUUUGGAAAA